UUCUCUAAAGACCUUAAUGAAUUUCUGCCAUUCCUGACCUCUCCUCAGCUGCCAAAACACACUUUUUUCCCUCUUUCUAAUCUGCAAGAAGCCUUAAAAUAAUAGCAUUACUGUACUUCCCCAAAGCCGCUCAAGGAAACCCCAUCCCCGAGCGCCACAAGCAGCUCCAACUCAACCUCUGUGCCACAGAGGGGGAGAUGCCCCAGAAGAAAAGUGCUGGCUGUGCUGGGAGCCGGGCUGGAGCCUCGGGGCUCCCGAGAUAAACCCGGGGCCGCGGGCACACGCAGGAACCGGGGCUCGGCCGCAGCUGCAGCGUUUCCUGUUCCACAGAGACAGCAAGAGAGCUCAGCAUGAGCUGCCUGGCAUGAGGAGGGCAGCCGGGGCGUGCUCCUGCCCGAGAGCACCCGGCUCGGCACCGAGGGCAGGACAGGAGCCUGGCACAGGGCAGAGGCCCCGAGGGGACAAGGCCACCAUGCCCAGGAGGGCACGGCCGCGCCCGGGCGAGAGCUACGAGGAGCGGAGCGAGCGGCGGCAGGCGGCGCGGCCGCGGGGCAGGGACAGCGCUGUCCCCUGCUGCCGCCCUGCCCGCCGGCCCGCCCCGCCGGCCACCAGCCCCCGGCAGGCACAGUUCCUCAGGAGGAGGAACCUGGCGGCAGAGCCCGGGGAGACCCCGCCGGGACACGAGCCCGAGGCAGCGACCCCGCUGGAGAGGUCCCCGACGGUGGAGCCCGGAGCCAGCGCCCUGCUCCAGCACCCCAGGAGCUGCCCCACGCUCCCCCCUGCUCAGUCCCUGCUGAGCCUCAGCAGCCCCCGGGCACGAGGGGACUCCGUCACCACCCAAGGAACACAGACCCUCCCAAGCCCCAGCCCAGGAGUGACAGACUCGAGCCAGCAGACAGACUGGGGAAUAGCAGUUUUGAAUAAGGAAAUGGUGCAGCUCUCCAACUACCUGAAGGAGGCCCUGCACCGCGAGCUGCUGCUCAAGCAGAAGAUGGUGAUUUUACAGGAGCUGCUGUCCACUCUGCUCCAGGCUUCGGAGAAAUCCUGGCAGGGCCAGCUGAACGAGGACAAACUGAGGUGUAAACUACGGGUGCUGGAAAAUCAGCUGCAGGCCUGCACCCAGAGUUACUCAAAGGAGUGUGUGAAGAAGAUCCUGAUAGAGAUGGAGGACCAGAAGCAGACCUAUGAGCAGAAGGCAAAAGAGGCUCUUCAGAAGAUGCUGGAGGACAAACUCCUAACAGAGCAGAAGCUGCAGAACUCUCAGAGAAGCCUGGCAGAGAUGCGAGAGAGCCUGGCCCUCUGGAAGGAGCACAACGCCACACUCAAAGCCGAGCUGACCAAGGAGACCACAGCACACACCGAGCUCAGAAACAGCUUCCAGGCUUUGCAGAGCGAGCUCCAGCGAGCGGACGCGCAGAGCCAGCGGCUGAGCCGGGAGCUGCGGGCGCUGCGGGACGAGCGCACGGAGCUGCUGCAGCGAGCCAGCGCCCUGCGCGGCGACAACGACCGCCAGGCCGGCCACAUCCGCCACAUCCAAGAUAAAUUGCAAAAAGAACAAGAGCAGAAAGUAACACUGGAGGCAACAAUCAGCCAUUUGCAGAACUUGAUCCAGAACCAGACCAACCAACAGAAGAGCCAGCAGGUGACGGUGCAAAGGACAGACCAGGUUUUCACCACACAGACCCCACCUCUCACUCCUGCCAAGGAAAAACAAAAAGCUCUGUCAGAGCACCCCGAGGAGGAGGAGGAGGAGGAGGAGGAGGAGGAGGAGGAGGAGGGAACAGAAAGCCUGCAGGAUGAGAUGCAGAAAAGGACAUCCCAGCUCACAGCAAAGGAGAACGAGGUUUUACAGCAGCACUUGCCCAUCAUUCAUGUGCAGGCUCAGACACAAUGCAGGCCAUGA